AUGAGCGGCGACCUGGAAGGCUCUAGCCCUCCCGAGGAAAAACAGUGUCUUCGGCGGCGGGAAACAGCGACUGGGCGGCUGGGCUCGUCUGGACGUCCCCCCGAUCACACUCCGCUCAACUCUGGAGACAAAACAACCAUCACGAUUCACGCCGCGGUACACAGGGAGACGUCUUCUCCACAGAAGGAAGAAGUAUCGGCUCAAACGCCUUCGUCAUCGCCUGAAGAGAAUGAAUUUGACCAGCUUUAUGAAAAUCGAAAGGCAAAGGCACAAGAUGCGAUACAAAAUGCAUCAGCUCAGCCAUUCUAUGAGAUGGAUAUCUUAAAUGCUGAUGAAAAGGAAGAACAACCAUUUUACAAGAUGGAUGUCACCGCUGCCAAAGACAAGCAACAAGAGCAACCCUUUUACGAGAUGAAUGUCGUCUCGGCUACCGAGGAGAAAGACCAGCAGCCCUUCUACCAGAUGGACGACAGUCACCUGGACCAGCCGGCUCCGCCCAGUAAUGUGUACGCCGAUUUGGAUCCCGAGUUUGUCGCCACACAAGACGAAGUUUGCAGGAGAGACCGAGUCAAGGCACCGGACAGAGUACCUAGACCCCGGCUGGCCUUCAGGUCCCGUCAAGCCUGCGUGGCGGGUGUUUCUGUCGUCAUUGCCGUCACUGCUGCAGUUGUGGUGGCCGUAAUUUUCAACCAACGCGUACUGAGUAUCCGCUCUGACGACAUGCUGAACCAGGCAACACUUCCAACGACCUUAGCGAGAAUGUCAUCUGCCCAUCCACAUCUACAAGUAACGUCACAGACUUGGACAACUGAGGGAAAAUCUUGGCAAAGUGAGUGGACCUUGUACAUCAGAGAGUACUUCGGAGAAAACAGCGAUGAUGCCACGGCACUGGAACAACGUUAUGCUGCCAACGAGGUUAUGAUGUCCCUGUUACAACACAGGUUCUUCUGGCCCUGGAUAUGUCGGUACUGGGCUGUUUACAUGGCUCUCCCAUGCACCCUGUCCAGGGCUCUUGUCUUCUGUGUCAAAUUUGGAACUGAGAGUGAGUACAUGACGUCCCAUGGCAUAUCUACAUACAGUCAGUUCUUUUCCUCCGCGCGGACAGCCCUGGAAACAGUGCCAAAUGUGACAACAAUCACAGACAGUGCGCUUCCUUGCUUUCCCGCAAUAUUACGGCUAUCCCGACAGGCUCUGUCGGAUAAUGACGUUGAAGCUCUAGCUAAUCUUUUCCCAUACCUAAAAGGUGCAGGUGGGCUUGUCAUUGUUAACUGUGGGCUUUCAGCAAAGGCAGCAACAUCAAUAGCGGAACAGCUGCAUCUCCUGAGCAAGCUGACAAGACUUUAUCUUCAACAAAAUAAGAUUGGAGAUGAUGGCGUCAGAGCGAUUGCAGAGACAUUUCCACGUCUAAAGAAACUGAGAGAAGUAGACUUUACAGCAAAUUCAAUAACUACUGUUGGAGGAGAAGCCAUGGCAAAAAGUAUAAUUCACUUGCAGGAGCUACAGGUUCUCUACCUGCCGAACAAUGCGCUGGCUCUCAGUCUCUCCUCACUGGCAAAGGCCUUCGUCAACAUGCCGAGACUGAAGCGUGUUAACCUGGUUGACGUGACGUGUAAAGCCGCAUCAUUCCGCAUGGCGGCGCAGCAAGCACGAGACGCUGUCCACAUCAUUGCAGGACAAGUACGCAAUUUCCGCGGCACUACUCUGUACGAUGGUUCUCGUGCAAGUGAAGGUGGUACACAGGAACUGGCAUGGCUGCAAGUGAAACGGGAACUACAAAGAAGAGUCCGCAUUAAUAUUUCAAGGGGACAGUUGACAGUGAUCUUACGAAUCAGGCAGGUGUAGGGCAUGCCAGUGGUGUGGGUGGAUGUGGGGAAACAGUCAGUGCGAUGAGAAGGGCAGUAACAUGGUAGGUACACACGAAGAAAACUGCUUUGCUGACACCUAUCCACAUACCAAAUGUUAUUCAGAUAUAUUCACAGGUUUCUCGAGUUAUCCAGGUAUAACAAAGAUCAAUUCUCUGACAUUUUCAGAGCAGCAGUAAUAGCUUAAAUGCCUUCGCCCCUGAAGCGUCGCCAAAACGCACUAGAAGAAAAAAUCUUGUGAAAAUCAUGAGAAGAUUUAAAAAUACAGUGAAGGCCAUGCGUAAGUACAUGUAUAAAGGAAUUCGAAAUCCCGACGACAAUCAUAGAAUCUUUCUU